CCUUUUUGAAUAGCAACGUUAAAAAACACAAAGUCAUAUGUGAGAUAUUUCAUACUCUAAUUCGAUACCGUAAAAGUUCAAGCGUUUGACCUCACAGAAAAAACUGACACCAUGGGAAUCAUCGGAAACCUCAGUUCCGACCAGCUCCACUCCUUCAACUCACAAGGUUUUAUUGUGCUUGAAUCGUUUGCGAGCCCCGAAGAAAUCGAUGCCAUGAUGAAGAGAAUGGAGCAGUUGUUACAUGAGUUUGAUUGCUCCUCCACCUCAAUUUUCUCUACCAAAAACCAGCAACAGUCGACCGACAAUUACUUCUUUGAAAGUGCUGAGAAUGUUUCGUUUUUCUUUGAGGAGAAAGCUUUUGGGGAUGAUGGAAACUUAAGGCAACCAAAAGAACUUUCCAUCAAUAAAGUUGGCCAUGCGUUGCAUGAGAUUGAACCAGCCUUUAAAAAAUUCUCCAGCUCUGAGAAAUUUUCUAGUUUGAUGUUCUCCCUGGGUUACAAGAGACCAGUGAUCAUUCAGUCCAUGUACAUUUUUAAGCAACCGGGUAUUGGAGGCGAAGUAGUGCCACACCAGGAUAACUCAUUUCUUUAUACUGAACCACCAACAUGUACCGGGCUGUGGCUUGCACUUGAAGAUGCAACAAUAACGAAUGGUUGCAUUUGGGCUAUUCCUGGGUCUCAAAAAAAUGGGCUUGUUAGAAGGAUGAUUAGAGGUGAAGAGGGGGUUUCCUUUGACCGGCCUUUGCCGAUGUAUGACCAGAAAGAUUUUGUGCCUAUUGAAGUGAAAGCUGGGUCUAUGGUUGUGAUUCAUGGGGAUCUUAUUCAUCAAAGUUUUGAGAAUCAGUCCCCAAAAUCAAGGCACGCCUACAGCUUGCAUGUGGUGGAUACUGAUGGCUGCAAAUGGGCCCCAGAUAAUUGGAUCAGAAGAAAAGUGGAGCCAGAGCCCCUCUAUGUAUCUUAAUAUCUCCAGACACUUCAUCAACAGUCUUUUACAAAUGGCUACCUUUGCAUAUCAAGCAGAAUAAUUUAUACGCUGUAGUAAACUUCUUGUAAUGGGGUAAUGUGAUACUGAAGAUUUAAGAUUAUCAUGAACAAAAUCGUUAUAAUACUUGUUGGUAAGAAUUGUAAUGUUUUCUUAGGUUCGUCUUUGUGGCCAUCAGCAACUCUCUCUCUCUCUCUCUCUCUCUCUCUCUCUCUUCAUUAUUAUUUUUGCUCUCCCUUCAAAUGACAUACUGUCUCCGCAUGAAGAUGUAGCCAGAAAUCAGAAUAAAUUUGUCUACAUUAUACUACAUUACUUGCCAUGCUUGGUCUUGUAAUGUUCCUUUCCAAUAAGUAUUUUGUAUGCAUGUACCUAUCAUAUAAGUGUUUCGUUCCAAA